ACGUAACUUUACAGCCACCACAGUGCGACAUAGUUUAAUCAGAAUGGUUUAAGCCGCAGAAUGCGGUUGAUCGGUUCUCGUAAAGUUAAUAUUGUCUGUAAAGUUAUUUAUUUAUUUGAAUUAAUCAUUCAUAAAAUGAUUCAAUUUGGAACAAAUCGUGAUUAAUCGUUCGAAAAUGUAUAAACAUUUCGUAAAUUUAGUUACAAUACGCAUUUCCAUACACGAUAUUCCCUUCAUGCCAAAGCAAAUAAUUAUGCAGAGUUCAAUAAGGUUAUGUUCGUUCUGUAACUUCUAUCAUAGAAAAGUUACAAAAUUAUCCCCAGUGAUGUAUUAUCAAAUUUGUAACAACACAAUGACAACAAAUGUCUUGAGUGAAAUACCAGUAAAAAAGAAAGUAAAACAAAGAACGAAGAAAUGUACAGAGUUAAUACAAGUGUUGAAUCAAAGAACAACCAAUCGGAAGGCCACGGUGCAAAAGCUGGAGGCUUCAGACAUAGCCAUGCUUGUCAAUCAACCAAAUGUUGUAGAUAAAUCGCAUAAAUCUGAGAAUACAAAAAGUUUUUGUAAAAAUGACUUUGAUCCAAGUGCAGUAAACGAAACAGGAACAUUGACAAACACAAACAGAAAACUGAAAAAAUUUAAUAAGGAGAAGAAUACUGGUGAUGGGAAAAAAGUAGCACAGACGGUAGUAGAUGAAAAUAUGGUUAAAUUGAAAACGAACAAAGCAUCAGAUAAAAAGAAGAAAUCGGACCAAACUGUCAAUAAGUAUAUGACAGAACAGUAUAUCCAGACCCUAUUAGUGUACAUGCAGGUGUAUUUGAGCUGUGGACUGUUGAAGAGAACAAACAAGACGUUGAUGCUAUACAGAAAACACAUGCAAGGCAGAUUACAACAUUGUGACAAAUGUAUCGAGCUUUAUAACGUCGUUUUGGAAGCUUACGCCUCCAAAGGGAACUUCGUUAAAGUAAUGGAGCUCUACAAAGUGAUAAAGAUGGAUUCUGUCAAGCCAACGCCACAAACUUACGUUUUUAUAUUGGAUACAUUGGGAAAAAUAAAAAUGGGGGAAAAACAAAUAGCUCUGUUGAAUCAAUUGAGACGAGAAAUGUUUAUUAAUAAUAUAUCAUUUAAUCAGAUAUUUAAUAAUUCGUAUUUCAAGCACGGUCAAAGAAAGACGAUUUUGGAAUUAAUUAGACAAAUUUUGCCAAACUUUAAACUACCUGAUGUAAAAUUGAAUGUGGAAUAUACGCAUAAUGUUUUGAAUAAAACUAUUAUGCAGAAUAAUUAUCAAAGUCCAGCGGUGGGGAUCAUUACGAUGGAGGAGUUGAAAGAUUGUUUGAAAGCGCAAAUGCAAAAUGAAGCGGAAACUGAAGUGCAAGUUGAAAGCAUCGUCAAACAUUGUGAAAACCCUUCUGUUAAUAGAUAUAGGCAGAAAGUGAUCGGAAUGGAAAAUUAUUGGAAAGAGACAGCAUUGACUGUUUUUGAAAGGAAUUUGAAGUGUUUGAAAGAAAAAGAAUGCCAAUCCCAUAAUACUUUGAUGGUUUUGCAUCCAUUUUUGGAAGUUUUGGAUACUAAACACUAUAUACAUGCUAUCAUGAGAGAAAUUAGGCAUAUUGCACAGGGUUCUGAGAAUUAUAGCACGCCUCUAAAGUUAUUGUACAUCAAUUUGGGAAACCAUAUUCAUAAGAAGUACGAGAUGCAAGUAAAAGAACAGACUGGAGUACUGGACAAAAUAGUAAGUGUCUACCAAAAGUACCUAGAAUGGUAUUUACAUCCGGAAUGCUUUCCAAAAUUAAAAAAUCUCAACAAUCGUACCGUGUGGAAGUACUUGGAACUUGAGGAAGAGAAACACGGAACAUCUAUAAACACCGUCAGUAUAAAUUGGCCAUUAGAGGUGGUAACGGAUGUUGGAAAAUUUUUGUACAAUAUUAUUUUGAACGAUAUAAUACUUAAACCCGAUAUGUUGAAAGGCCAAGACGUUAAAGGAUCGAUUCCUGCUUUUUACACGCUAUUCAGAAAUAAAGGAAACUAUUUAAUGGAACAGAUUAAACCCCAUCCUUUUGUGUCGAAAUUGUACAAAGAGGCGCAAAUUGAAAUCCUGACGUUCAAUUCAAUUUUUCUGCCUUCUCGUUGCCCAUCGCGCCCUUGGACUUCGAUUGACUGCGGAGGUUUUCUUUUGACAAGAACGGAUUUUGUACGAAUUACAGACCAAACAAAUGUUUCUUGGAACAAUCUUCAAAAGACACCAUUGAAACAGUUAUAUCCAAUAUUCGACUCGUUAAAUCAGCUCAGUUCAAUUCCUUGGGUUAUUAACUCCGCUAUACUUGACAUAGUCAUAAAAGUAUUCCAGGAUGGUGGCUCUGUGGGAUUAUGUAUUCCACAAUCAACUUCUAAGUUAAGUCCUCCACCAACUAUUAACAAGGAUGCAACUCCCGAUGAGAAACGAAGCACAGCGAUAGCAAUGGCCAAAUAUAAGCAAAAGAGGUAUGAAAUGUAUUCGCUGUGGUGUGAUUCGCUCUACAGGCUUUCGUUAGCCAAUUAUUUGAGAGACAAGGUAUUCUGGCUCCCGCACAAUUUGGACUUCAGAGGACGAGUUUAUCCAGUUCCUCCACAUUUGAAUCAUUUGACCGCCGAUUUAGGUCGUUCUUUACUCCUAUUUGGGAAACCGAAACCAUUAGGUAGGAAUGGAUUGGAUUGGUUGAAAUUGCAUGCAAUUAACUUGACGAAUAUGAAAAAGGGAUCCUCUAUGGAGGAAAGAUUGAAGUUUGCGGAUGAAAAUAUAGAAAAUAUUCUGGACAGUGCUGAAAAACCUCUGACGGGUAAAAUGUGGUGGACCCAAUCAGAAGAGCCCUGGCAAACCUUGGCAACAUGCAUGGAGAUAUCAAAUGCCCUAAAAUCACCAAACAUCGAGGAAUACCAAAGCAAAUUCCCAGUGCAUCAAGAUGGAAGUUGUAACGGUUUGCAACACUAUGCAGCUUUGGGUAGAGACAAAAUAGGUGCAGAAAGCGUUAAUCUGUAUCCAUUCAAGGCUCCAAACGACGUUUACUCAGCAGUGGCUGCAAUAGUUGAGAAAGAACGAGUGAAGGAUGCUGAAAACGGAAUUAAAAUUGCUAAAGUUUUAGAAAAAUUUGUUAAAAGAAAGGUAAUUAAACAAACCGUGAUGACAUCGGUUUAUGGAGUAACAAAAUAUGGCGCUAAAUAUCAAAUUGCUAAACAGUUGAAAGAUAUUGAAAACUUUCCUGAAGAAUAUGUGUGGGCUGGAAGUAUCUAUAUGUAUUUAACGGAGAAAACAUUUUAUACUCUUAGAACUAUGUUCACAAGUGCCAGAGAAAUUCAAGAUUGGUUUACGAAAUGUGCAAGAAUUAUUUCCAUCGUUUGUUGUGAAAAUGUAGAUGGAUCGAAUGGAUUACUCCGUUGGGAUUCCCUGUGGCACAACCUUACAGUAAAUACCAGAUAUUCAGGAAGAAAUACAUAUAAUGAAACUAAACCUAAACCGGAUGCUGUGAAACAGAGGAACGCAUUUGCACCUAAUUUCAUACAUUCUCUUGAUUCUACACACAUGAUGCUCACUAGUUUAUAUUGCGACAGAGCUGAUGUCACUUUCGUUUCUGUACACGAUUGUUUUUGGACUCAUGCUUGCACCGUGGACCAUGGCCCGUGGGGACCGUGGACAAUUUGCAGAGAACAAUUUGUUGCUCUCCAUACUGAACCGAUCCUCGAGGAUUUGGCAAAGUUUUUCGUUAAACAUUACAGACCAAUUUACACGAAUCUGAAGAUGGAAGAAGAAGCCAUAAUUAAACUAGAAAAUAAUUUAACAAAUAUACCUAAACAGGGUUCUUUUGAUAUAAACAAUGUCUUACGGUCUAUUUACUUCUUCAGUUAA